CUGUCCGAGGACACGAAUCACCCGUGGACUGAUCUGUUCGACAUCGAGCAACUUUGGCAAUCGUGACUGCUGGGUGGCCAGAUAGUCAUCAAAUGCGCAGAUAUCCAAAGUCUUGUUGAUCUGACGAUAGCCGCCUUCGCCCAUUGUGUUGAAGAUGCGAGGGAAACAAGUUUAUGGUUGAGAGAUAACUUUGCAGCCGGAGGAAAAUGGUUCGAAUACUAAUUUGUAUAUCCCGAUGAGCAGCCGGUCAGCCGCACGUGGUACAAGGCCAUCCUGCCCCGUAUGCCGGAGUCCGAUCUGCAUGGAUCCCGAUAUCACGAUCUCGGAAAUCGGGAUGUUACCUUAUCUAGUGGAUCACAUGUACCAGCUGAACCUGAAGCUGAAUGCGGUCCAGGAUGUAUAGCACGGCAUUUGAAUUUCUGUUGUUUAUUGCCCUGCUGUUAUUUAUUCCAAGUCUCCCAAUGCAAUCCUCGAUUGGUAUUGGAAUAACCAGACCAUUAAAGCUGUUUCAACGCACUUUCACCAGCAGCUUUACUUAUAUCUCUCAGAGCCCUUCUUUCCCCUUUCCUUUCCCUUCUUCCACUCUUCAGCCCUCAAUAAUUUCACGCUUCCCAGCAAUGGUAGCAUCUUCAACCUCUUCCUUAUCCUCGCCUUCUUUCGACAUGGUUAACUACACUCCUUCCUCCGAGGCUCAGGACCUCGCACACAAACUCAAUGUCAUCUAUUUUAGCAACGAAUUUCCAAAUGACGAUCUUUCAUACCUACUUCGCCGCUUGCACAACCACAGCAAAUACCGAAAUCACCCCAUCCUUGCCAGGUUCUUGGAUGAAGCCACUCAAGCAGUGCGCCAAGAAGCCAGUCGGUUACGUACCGAAUUGUUCAAUCUCGUUCCGGCCUUUGAGUCAGUGACAACUCUUGCUGGAGAAACCGAGCUCCGAAAGGGGCGCCUCCAUGAAUCUAUCGAUGGCGUCCUGCUUGUCGUCCUCCAGGUGGCGACGUAUAUCGGUCAUUGUGAACGCUUUCCAGAAUCGCAGAUCAGCGCUGGAUCCAAUAGCUCUCUUUGCGGGUUGGGAAUCGGCUUCUUGGUCACGACUGCCGUCUCUCUGGCCAAGUCCUUGGAGGAUCUUGUCGCCACAGGUGUUGAGGUGGUGCGUCUUGCAUUCCGCAUGGGCGUCAUGGUCGGUGACAUAGCCCAAGACCUGGAGCCCCUUGAUGAAGAACUAUCUGAAUCAUGGGCCUACGUCGUCUAUGGUCUUACUGCGGGAGAGGCCCAGAAGGAGCUUGACGAUAUCCAAACUCGAGACGGGACCCCAGUUACAAGCAAAAUCUUUAUCAGUGCCAUCAGCGAAAGCUCGGUCACCGUCAGUGGCCCUCCCUCUCGGCUAAAGGCGCUAUUUCGCACUUCGGGAUUCUUCAGAGAUCGAACCUUCACCCAAUUGCCUGUGUAUGGAGGGCCUUGCCAUGCUGGCCACCUUUUUUCCUUUGAGGACGCUCAAAAGGUCGUCCAGACACCCUCGUUGGCGUCGCGAUUCAAGCCCUUAUUGCCAGUCCUUUCGACCAACACGGGUCAGCCUUUUCUGGCAACUACCGCUAAAGACCUGUUUGAACAAGUGAUUUUUGAAGUCAUGAGCAAACAGAUUGUGUGGGACAAUGUUGUUCGUGGUAUAACAGAACGCGUGGCCAAGACCGAAGUUCGCGAUGUCAACAUUAUGAUCUACCGCACUUCUCUCUCGGUUCAGCAGCUGUCGACUGCGCUCACGACGGUAUACCCCGAUUUAAAUGUGGACACCGAGGACUUGGUCUCGUGGGUGACUACUGAUCUCGAAGAGAAAGAAGCCCCACGAGGCUCGAUGCAGUCCAAAAUUGCCAUUGUUGGUAUGUCGUGCCGUAUGCCGGGCGGUGCAACCGAUACCGAGAAGUUCUGGGACCUUCUCGAGGCUGGCCUGGACGUCCACCGAAAAAUUCCCGCGGAUCGAUUCGACGUGGAAACUCAUCACGACCCCACAGGGAAGAAUAUGAACAGCAGUGCUACGGCAUACGGCUGCUUUAUUGACGAGCCAGCAUUAUUCGAUGCACCUUUCUUCAACAUGUCUCCCCGUGAGGCCGAGCAGACCGACCCCAUGCAGCGUCUGGCUCUUGUCACAGCAUAUGAAGCCCUGGAGCGUGCGGGCUACGUCGCCAACCGCACCCCUGCGACAAAACUCAACCGCAUCGGAACCUGGUAUGGUCAAGCCAGUGAUGAUUAUCGUGAGGUAAACACGGGGCAGGAGGUCAGCACCUACUUCAUUCCCGGUGGCUGUCGUGCCUUCGGUCCUGGUCGGAUCAACUACUUCUUCAAGUUCGCUGGUCCGAGUUUCAACUGUGACACGGCUUGCUCCUCCAGUCUGGCUACCAUCCAGGCAGCUUGUACCGCCCUGUGGGCUGGCGAUGUGAAUACAGUUGUGGCUGGAGGACUUAACGUCUUGACCAAUUCGGAUGCUUUUGCAGGCCUUUGCAACGGUCACUUCCUGACCAAGACCCCCAAUGCAUGUAAGACGUGGGAUGCGGGAGCCGAUGGCUACUGUCGUGCAGACGGAAUUGGGUCUAUUGUGAUGAAAACACUCCAAGAUGCUGAGGCUGAUAACGACAACAUUCUUGGUGUCAUUACGGCCGCUGCUACCAACCACUCUGCGAAUGCCGUGUCUAUCACACACCCGCAUGCCGGUCACCAGGCCGAUCUUUACCGACAGGUCAUGGCAAGGGCUGGGGUUGAUCCUCUCGAUGUCAACUACGUCGAAUUCCACGGCACAGGAACCCAGGCGGGUGACGCUGAGGAGAUGAAGUCCAUUACGGAGGUUUUCGCUCCGAUCAAGGGCAAGCGCCGCACGUCCAAGCAGCCAUUGCACAUUGGUGCCGUCAAGGCAAAUGUCGGUCACGGAGAGGCUGCGGCCGGUGUCACGGCUCUGCUCAAGGUGUUGCUCAUGCUUCAGAAGAGUGCCAUUCCACGCCAUGUCGGUAUUAAGAACGAAAUAAACCCAGGCUUCCCCAAGGAUAUGGACAAACGUAAUCUCCAUAUCCCCUUCGAAACUACUGAGUGGGCUCGGAAGGAGGAGAGAAAGCGAAUUGCUGUUAUCAACAACUUCAGUGCCGCCGGUGGUAACACUACCGUUGCUCUCGAGGAAGCCCCAUUGCGGGAGAGAGUGGGAUCUGACCCUCGUCCGAGCCAUAUCUUUACUGUCUCAGCCAAGAGUAAAGUCUCUCUCAAGGGCAACAUUGAGCGGUUACUGGCCUACUUGGACAAGAAUGAAGACGUCUCUCCAGCUGACCUGGCGUAUUCCCUUACUGCCAGACGUUACCACCACAACCACCGCCUAGCGAUCCAUGCUGCAGAUAUCAGCAGCUUGAAGCAGCAGCUCACUUCCAAGUUGGAUGGUGUGGAGACUCAGAAACCCAUCUCUACUAUGGGUGCGCCGCCAGUUGCCUUCGUCUUUACUGGACAAGGGGCCGCAGACAAGUCGAUGAACCUCCAGCUGUACCACCACUCUCCCUUUUUCCGUGCUCAGAUCGACCAUUUCGAUCGCCUCGCCCAGCAACACGGUUUCCCGUCAUUCAUCCCAUCCAUCGAUGGUAGCUUCCCCAAGGACCACGUCUGGUCGCCGGUCGUCACCCAAGUCGCCCACACUUCCAUCGAAAUUGCACUGGCCCGGUACUGGGAAACCCUGGGUAUCAAGCCUGAGGUCGUUGCAGGACACAGUUUGGGCGAGUACGCUGCUUUCUGUGUUGCUGGUGUUCUUUCGGCAAGCGAUGCGAUCUUCCUCACCGGCUCCCGUGCUCACCUGCUCGAGACUCUGUGCACCCCUGGGACCCACAAGAUGAUGGCUGUCAAGGCUUCUCGAGCGGAGAUUGAGGAAGCCGCAAAGGACCUGUCAUAUGACCUCGCCUGUAUCAAUGGGCCCAAGGAGACUGUACUUAGCGGUACUACUGAGGAGAUGGAGGCUGCUGCAGUCCCUCUGAAGGAGAAGGGGUAUCGGUGCAUCCUUCUGGACGUUCCCUUCGCCUUCCACUCGGCUCAGGUGGACCCAAUCCUGGAUAUGUUCGAAGAGACCGUCAAAAAGGCUGUUCUGUUCCACCCGCCAACGCUGCCAGUCGUGUCCCCUCUCUUGGGCAAAGUCAUCUUUGACGAAAAGUCUUUGAGUGCCGAGUACGUACGUCGCGCGACUCGCCACACGGUCGACUUCCUUUCCGCUAUGGGGAGCGCGCAGGAAACCUCGAUCGUUGACAAGGACACUAUUUGGGUUGAAAUCGGUCCUCAUCCGGUCUGUGUUAACUUUGUCAAAGCAAGCAUUGAGCCGGCUCCUCUCACUGUGGGCUCGUUCCGUCGCGGUGAAGACAACUGGACCACCCUGGCUCAGAGCCUGGGACAGCUCCACUGUGCUGGCUUACAGAUUCGCUGGGGUGAAUUCCACAAACCAUUUGAGCCUUCGCUUCGUCUCUUGGACCUACCCACUUACAGCUGGAACGAGAAGAAAUACUGGCUCCAGUACAAGGGAGAUUGGGUCCUCACCAAGGGAAACACCUUCUACGAUGCCGAAAAGAAAGCCAGCGCUCCGAACGCUUCGGUGUCGAGUCUCAAGACUGUUACCGUUCAAAAUAUUAUUGAGGAGUCAUUUGCAGGAUCUUCCGCCAAGGUUAUCAUGCAGUCCGACUUGAUGCAGCCUGAGCUUCUUGCUGCGGCAUACGGACAUAAGAUGAAUGGAUGCGGUGUGGUGACAUCGUCUAUUCACGCCGAUAUUGUUUACACAUUGGGAGAAUAUAUUCACAAAAAGCUAUUCCCUAAGGUCAAGAAUGUCGAUGUUCACAUGGCCAAUUUCGUAGUUUCCAAGGGUCUCGUGGCUAAGAGCAACCACAAGACGCCACAGCUGAUUCGUGUUACCGCAACGACCUGCAAUAUCACUGCCGGCGUCGACGUGGUUUGGCAAAACGUUGACAAUGACGGAAGAGUUUCAGAAUCAUUUGCCACUGGUCAAAUCUUUUACGGCAAUGCAGACGAGUGGCUAUCUUCGUGGGGACCAUUGACACACCUUGUCCAGGGCCGUAUCGAGGCACUCAACCGUCUUGCGGCGGAAGGUAUUGCCAACCGCUUCUCGCACAAGAUGGCCUACACUCUCUUUGCGAACAACCUGGUUGACUACGCCGACAAAUACCGCGGAAUGCAGAGCGUUGUCAUGAAUGAGUUCGAGGCCUAUGCCGAUGUCACGCUGAAGCCAAUCCAUGCCGGUAGUAACUACACCAUCCCGCCGUUUUUCAUCGACAGCGUGGCCCAUCUCGCGGGCUUCAUCAUGAACGUCUCAGAUGAGAGCGACACGGGCAACACCUUCUGCGUAACUCCGGGAAUGGACAGCAUACGGUUCGCUCGACCUCUUAUCCCCGGCGCGAAGUACAAGUCGUAUGUCAAGAUGAUUCCGACCGAGGAGGAUUCAACUGUGUAUCUCGGUGAUGUCUAUAUUCUUCAGGAUGGUGUCAUUAUGGGUGUGGUGGGUGGCAUGAAAUUCCGUCGCUACCCACGCAUUCUCCUGAACCGCUUCUUCUCUCCACCGGACUCGGCGACUGCAAAGUCCUACGCAGCGGUUGACGCCCCAUCGGCUGCCCCUGCACCUGCACCUACCGUCAAGUCCGCUCCUGCGCCAGCCCCAGCCUCGGCACCUACGCCUGCGCCUGCACCUGUACCGCAGCAGGCCCCAGUACCCGCUACUCUGGCAGCACCUGCACCUGCACCUUCCGGGGAUGUGGAUGAGGACAGCACCGUGUACAAAGCCCUCUCGCUGAUCGCCAGAGAAGCUGGAAUGGACGUCUCAGAGCUGACCGACGACUCGGCAUUUGCCAGUCUCGGUGUCGAUAGUCUGAUGAGCCUGGUCAUUUCCGAGAAGUUCCGUGAUGAGCUCGGUAUCGCUGUUGGGGGUAGUCUGUUCCUCGAGUAUCCUACUAUUGGGGCAUUGAGGUCUUGGAUGGAGGAGUACUACAGCUAGAUUGUUUUCAUGUUGGGGUAUUUUGUUUUUACUUUUCGGUUAUUUUAUCCAUAGAAAUGUAUAUCCUAAUAUGAUAAGCCUUUUGCUUUUCAUCCCUCCACACUUUAUCUUCAAAACUCAUCAUUAGGCUACAAGUACAUAGUUCUUCCGACUCUUUGUUUCUUGGGCUUUCUUCACAAUUAACGC